AAACCAACUUAUUUUUGUUAAUGUUGACAUGCAGGUGAAUCUAAACUAGGACGUCAGGAUGUCUGUCAAUGGAGGAGCACCGCCAAAGAGAGCUUUCGUUGUGGGAGUGGGUGUCACUAAAUUUGAGAAACCUCUCACCAAAGAAUGGGACUAUCCAGACAUGGGGAGAGAAGCUGGUCUGGCUGCACUGACAGAUGCUGAGAUAGACUAUCGGCAGAUUCAGGCCGUGGUGGCCAGCUACUGCUAUGGAGAGCCCACCUCUGGGCAGCGAGCUGUGUAUGAGCUGGGCCUGACAGGGGUGCCUGUGUUUAAUGUCAACAACAACUGCUCUUCCGGCUCCAGUGCUCUCAUGCUGGCUCGAAGGCUCGUCCAGAGUGGUGUUGAGGAUUGUGUCCUAGCCCUCGGCUUUGAAAAGAUGGAAAGGGGUUUGUCAGAGAAAUACACUGAUCGAACGUCUCCGGUGAAACGUCACAUGGACCACAUGGUUAACAUUGGUGCAGAACCAGGACUGAUACAACCGAGGAUGAACAACAUGACCUCAGAUGUCGUCAAGCUCUAUGCUUAUGCUGCCAGAGAAUAUAUCAAGAAAUAUCCAGGAACCACAGUGGAUGACUUUGUGGAUAUUGCAUAUAAAAAUCACAAACAAAGUGUGAACAAUCCAUGGGCCACCAUUCAGAGGGAGAUGUCAAAGGAGGACAUAAAAUCCAAAUUGAUGCUGUGUUAUCCAAUCACAUUCUGGAUGUCUGCUCCGACAGCCGAUGGAGGGGCAGCUGCUGUCGUCUGCAGUGAAGAAUUCAUGAUCAGAAACAACCUACAGAGGCAGGCAGUUGAAAUCAUCUCCCAACACAUGGUGACCGACACUGGAGCCUCGUUUAAAGAAAGCUUUAUGGACCUGUCUGGAUACCACAUGGCUAAAGAAGCCGCCAACCGUUGCUACAGAGAUACUGGACUCUCGUCCUCGGAUGUUGAUGUUUUGGAAGUGCAUGACUGUUUUUCUUGCAACGAGCUUUUUAUGUACGAGGCUCUACAGCUAGCCCCGGAGGGGAGAGGUGCGGAUCUUAUCAGGAAUGGCAAGUGGGUGACCAACAAGAACGGAGGACAAAUGUGCGUGUUGAACAAUAAAUGGGUUGUUAAUCCGUCAGGAGGUCUAGAAUCCAAGGGUCAUCCAAUAGGAGCUACAGGGUUAGCCCAGUGUACAGAGCUUGUGAAGCAGCUACGAGGCCUAGCGGAUAAAAGACAAGUGGAUGGAGCCAAAAUAGCCAUGCAGCACAACUUUGGGAUAGGUGGAGCAGCCGUGGUAACCAUGUACAGAAAAUAUCAACCACUGCCAGUACAUGCUAAACUGUGAGGGGAAAUCUUGCCUCCUGUUAACAAUCAUUAUAUAUUAAUACAAUCAUUCUAUUUAGGUAUGAAUUUAUUCUAGUGAAUAUUUACCAGUAUGUGAAUGUAUUAAAAUGAAUAUUAAAAUGGCUGUGAUUUUGAUUUCUGUAAAUAGUUUUAUCAUGCAUAAUAUUAUAUCUCAUGAGAAAUUCUUUUUUGAGUAUGUGUGUUUUUUGUUGACAUAUGUAUUGUAAUAAAUGAGAGAGAAGUUUUAUUGGAUGAACAAAUGGUUGAUAUUGUGAUUGUUGGAUUUUACAUGUAUAUACUGAUAAGAAAUGAUAAAACAUCAACUGAAUGUACCAUACAUGCUUUUGUAUUUUGAUUGUAUGCAUCAUUAUAUUGUUUGAAAUAAAGCAGGUACGUACCGCUAAUUCCUUGAAACAUACCUGGUAAGUUGAGCUAGAAUUGAUACCAGAUUUUUUGCAUAAAAUUUUCACAAAAAAAUGUUCUUUUGUUAAGUUAAUGAAUUUGAAGUACUUAUUUCAUGUCAAUCUACAUGUAGCUUUGUGAUUAAAAUAUAUUUUUUCUUUGUAAUUAAAAAUCUAGUCAAAUAUUAAAUGUAAUAAGUGUGGAUGAUUUAAUUUGCUGAAAAGACGGUGUGCCGUAAUUGAUACAUUCUCACAAUACGAUGGGUACUGAGUUUACCUGUGGCAGGGGUUCCAAUGUGGAUGUUGGGAGGAUGUAUUCAUUGCCAAGUGUUUAGUAAAUUCAUUGACCUUGUAUUUUUUUUUUAAUAGUUAUUUCACUUGUAAAUAUUAAACAAAGUAAUGAUCAUUGCUGUCCCCCCAAAGAAAUAAUCAAUGGAAAAAGUCUUAUGUCUGAAAGUCAUCAUGACAGUUUAUGCACAAGUAAUUGGUAAAUACUCUGAAAUCAUUAAAAUUCGUGGGGGCCAAUUUUCGUGGAUUGCUUCAAUUUUACAGGUUCGUAGGGACGUAAUUUCGUGUAAUCUCGGAUACUUACAAAAGGAAAUGCAACUUUAGAGUCCUAAUUUAUUUUUCGUUGAAGAUGUUAAUUCGUGGAUUAGCAGUGCCCACGAAUUCCACGAAAAUUGAGCCACGGCGAAAUCUAAUGAUUCCACAGUAAAUGUUCAUGUAAUUCAAAUUAAAUUUGCUGAAAACAGUUUCUAAUAUUACAUGCAAAUUGCUGGUGCAUUCUGAGGAAUGGAACUCCAAAAUAUAUGUUUGAUAACUACAUUGUUCUUGAGAAUGCUGGUAUGUUGGAAGGAAGAUGGCUUAAAAUCAUACGUGUAUCACAAAUGAAUCAAUGUGUCAUUGAAAUGUUAUUUAUGUAAUUGUUGAUGAAAUCAUUCAAAUAAAGUUACAAAUUGCUAUAAA